AUGCCCAGAAGUAGUAAUAUGAUAUACUUCAUGACAUGCAAACAAUAUUUUCUGGGCACAAUUUUCAAUGCAAGAAGUGAAGGUAGUAUAAGCCCCCGUACUAGAGCUACUCAAAAGACUUCACAGAACUGUUGA